CUCCGGCUUCCCCCAGCUGCGGGAACCCGCGGGCGCCGAGGGGGCGGACCGAUCUCCGCGGACCCCCGCGUCCUGGGGCGGCCGAGGCGGGCGAGGGCCGAGCGCCGGAGACCCCGAGCGCCCCGCGCCCCAGGCACCAUGCGACCCGCCGCGCCUCCUCGCCGGCCCCGGGCUUCGCUUUCCGCUCGCUGAGCCCCGCGCUCGCCACCGCGGCAAGUCGCAAAGACGAGGCGGGUCGCUGGAGAGCAGCGGGGACACCGCCUCGGACGUCCCCUCCGCCCCACAGAGGCUGCGGGUCCCUCGUUCUCUGGGCUUCUCUAGCUUUUCCAUGAACCUGGCGCAAGCUUGGCUUUAGGAGAAAUUCAGAAGCCGGAGGGGGAGUCAGUGCAAUUCUUUGGUUGCUAAGCGUGAGUGAAGACAUCCGGGAUGGCUCAGGGAUCUGGGGAUCAAAAAGCAGUGGGAAUUGCUGACCCAGAGGAGAGUUCUCCAAAUAUGAUAGUCUACCGCAAAAUCGAAGACAUCAUUACGAAGAUGCAAGAUGACAAGACAGGUGGUGUGCCCAUCAGAACAGUCAAGAGCUUUCUCUCCAAAAUUCCCAGUGUUGUCACAGGUACUGACAUUGUACAGUGGCUUAUGAAGAACCUUUCCAUCGAGGACCCAGUUGAAGCAAUACACUUGGGAAGCCUUAUAGCUGCCCAGGGCUACAUCUUUCCGAUCUCAGACCACGUUCUCACCAUGAAGGAUGAUGGCACCUUUUACCGUUUCCAGGCCCCGUACUUUUGGCCUUCCAACUGCUGGGAGCCUGAAAACACCGACUACGCCAUCUAUCUCUGUAAGAGGACAAUGCAGAACAAAGCAAGACUGGAAUUGGCAGAUUAUGAAGCGGAAAACUUAGCAAGACUCCAGAGGGCCUUUGCAAGGAAGUGGGAAUUCAUCUUUAUGCAAGCAGAAGCGCAAGUGAAGAUAGAUCGGAAAAAGGACAAGACGGAAAGGAAAAUUUUGGAUAGUCAAGAACGGGCCUUUUGGGAUGUGCACAGGCCAGUGCCAGGCUGUGUGAACACAACAGAAAUGGAUAUCAGGAAAUGCCGACGUCUGAAGAACCCACAAAAGGUUAAAAAGUCAGUGUAUGGCGUGACAGAAGAGUCCCAGUCGCAAAGCCCCGUGCACAUACCCAGUCAGCCAAUCAGGAAAACUACAAAAGAGGACAUCCGGAAACAGAUAACAUUUUUGAAUGCACAGAUUGACAGACAUUGUUUAAAAAUGUCCAAAGUGGCUGAAAGCUUAAUUGCUUACACGGAACAGUAUGUGGAAUAUGAUCCUUUGAUCACGCCGGCCGAGCCCUCCAAUCCCUGGAUCAGUGACGAUAUCACUUUAUGGGACAUAGAGAUGAGCAAAGAGCCCAGCCAGCAGCGAGUCAAGAGGUGGGGCUUCUCUUUCGACGAGGUGUUAAAGGACCAGGUGGGGCAGGAUCAGUUCCGGAGAUUCCUGGAGUCCGAGUUCAGCUCAGAAAACCUCAGGUUCUGGUUGGCUGUCCAAGACCUCAAGAAACAACCCCUCCAGGAUGUGGCCAAGAGGGUAGAAGAAAUCUGGCAAGAGUUCCUGGCUCCAGGGGCCCCAAGCGCAAUCAACCUGGAUUCUCACAGCUACGAGAUAACCAGUCAAAACGUCAAAGAUGGAGGCAGAUACACAUUCGAAGAUGCCCAGGAACACAUCUACAAGCUGAUGAAGAGUGACAGCUAUGCCCGCUUCCUCCGGUCAAACGCUUACCAGGACUUGCUGCUGGCCAAGAAGAAGCCAGAAAGUGAGCAAGGUCGUAGAACUUCCUUAGAAAAGUUCACUCGCAGUGUGGCUUCUAGCCAUCAAGAUGGCCACAGAGCUAAAGUGAUUAGUCAGGGUGGAGGGUGGGUGUGUGUGAACCCAGGCUAUGAAAUUGAAGGAUCCUGAUUCUCUUGGAUUAACUUUCCCAAACGUCUCAAAGGUGAAAAGCACUUUGUCUGUAUGCAAAGCUUUGGUGUCUCUGGAAUGUACCUUCUGCAGUUCAGUUCUUAAUCACUGUGUAUUUUUUCACUGGGACAAAGGCUGCCUGCUAAUAGCAUUUUCAACCACCUUCAGCCGCCUCAUUCAGCUACGCCAAGGCCUCAGGCAGAGCUGGCUGCAGCUCCCUGGUACCAUGAUCCGUUCCCAACUGACCGGCACUGGGGAACAUCACACAUUCAGACCCUGAGACAAUGGCUUCCCCUGUAACUGUGCAAGAUGCCGGGUGGAAGUAGAAUUUCCCCUGCCCUUCCUGUUUCCUACAGGAUCAUCCAGUGAGGCAGGGGAGGGGGUGAAGAAGAGGGAGGAAAGGGCCCAAGAGGGUGCAGCACAGGAGCUCUCCUCUCUGGACAGAGCAGGGAGCUCAGGGGCUCCCAGCAAGACCUAGCAGCACAGACCCUGGGGUAGCUCAUCUCUGAACACAGGUAGCCUCUGCUGUCAGAUUUCUCUUUGAUCCCUGAAAAUUCCAGGAGCCUCAGCUCUUCAGAAGAGAGGCAGUUGCUGAGCCAGUGUGAUUGCAGGAUUUCUUCCCCAAAGCCCGAGGCCAGGCAUCUAGCCAUGCCUGUGUCCUGCAUGAAUAACCACCUUCCAGCCCCACGCGGGAGGUCACUGAGUAGCGGACAGAUUGCAGUUGGACUGAGCUGCCCCCUGAGCGGACCUGAAACCUCACGACCUCCUUUAGCAGCAGAACUGGCAUUUGAAAAAUGUGUGUGUGCAGGGGUGGGGGGAGGGAGACAGAAAUGCCAAGGAACACCACCUGGAUUGCUGAGAGGCUGGGAACAAUCUCAGGGCAAGUGCUCUAGGCUGACCUCUGAAGUCCUG